UUCUUUAGUAAUAAUCAGACUGGACUCGAUUCCACCCCGGUCACCACCAUCACUCCGACACUACCCAUUUCCAUCGCCCUCGGGUCUGGGAGCGGCGGCGACUGCAAUUUUGAUGGCAGUGUCGUUGAAGGUGUCAAUGCCAAUGAUACCGACGCUGGUAGACGGGCCAGUCUGAGUAGUGGUCGAGGUAGCAGUGAAGGUAGUGGAUGUGGCAUCAUGCUUUCUUCAACGCAACACCAACCUCUCCAAGUAGCACAUUCUAAUUUGGCCUGUUUCGUGUCCAGAAGCCGAGACCUCGCCAUGACAACUGUUCUCGCCUCCUCUGCCGCUUUGCCUUCUCCCAGCCCUCAUUUGCUGAAUUCGCCGAUCGGUGGACGCGCAUUGACGUCCACUUCCAUGGUCUCAGGUGGGACAGCAGUUAUGCAGUCGCAAUCGCAGCCACUUUUGGGGCGUACUGGUCUGCCUAAUUCGGUCAGUCUGUUGGGCACGGGCAGCAGCAGUGGGAGUGCGACUAGUAGCACUGGCAGUGCAGCGUGCGGGCUGCUGCCGCCGCAUUUUCUGGCUCAACAGCCCAUGUCAGCUGGCCAUCCGCCGCACGAGGGCGAGCCAGAAGGAGCAAUAUUCACACGAGAUUCUGUUGCUGAUCGGAUUUCACCAGCAAGAAAGCAGAUCCUUGAUGACCCUUCUGGCUCGCCUUAUCUAUCGGGAGCUUCUACUGCCUUAGCACAACCUGUAAGUAUGCUUUUUUUCUAUCAAUUUCGCUACAUCGUAGAUAUAAAGAACAAGAUGUUGUCAGUCGCAGUCUCCUUUCGCUGUGAGGAUGUGGUCUCCCUGAUUUUUGUAACUUGGCUGAGUUGUCAGGGUGGCCUAUUUGGAUGCACCUUGUCCGAAGUCCUCUGA